UCCCGGUGGCCUGGGAGCUGCCCUUGGAAUUGGCCUGUCCCACGCAUAGUCCUGGUGCCCAUGGCUUCCUCCCCGGUGGACGCAUCUCGCAGGCGGCAGGAGAAGCGGCGGCAGCUGGACGCGCGCCGCAGCAAGUGCCGCAUCCGCCUGGGCGGCCACAUGGAGCAGUGGUGCCUCCUCAAGGAGCGGCUGGGUUUCUCCCUGCACUCGCAGCUCGCUAAGUUCCUGUUGGACCGGUACACUUCUUCAGGCUGUGUGCUCUGUGCGGGUCCUGAGCCUUUGCCCCCCAAGGGUCUGCAGUAUCUGGUGCUCCUGUCUCAUGCCCACAGCCGAGAGUGCAGCCUGGUGCCGGGGCUUCGGGGGCCCGGGGGCCAAGAUGGGGGGCUUGUGUGGGAGUGCUCUGCAGGCCACACCUUCUCCUGGGGUCCCUCUUCAGGCUCCAUAUCUCCAGAGGAGCCCAAGCCAGUGUCCUGUCCAAAUACUGCCCGGAGAAGCUGGUGCCCGGAGGCCAGGAGCGGGCUGGAGCCUGCAGGUUUGGAAUCUGAGCAUGAUGAGAGAACUCAGGAGGCCAGGUUGCCCAGGGAAGUGGGACCCCUACUGGAGACCUUCCCAACCCCAGGAGAAGAGAGGGAGGAGGAAGAUGAGGAUGAAGAGGAGAUGCUCAGUGAUGCCAGCCCAUGGACCUACAGCUCCUCCCCAGAUGAUGAUCCAGAUGCCCCCAGAGUACUUCCUUCCCCUGUCACCCAUGCACUUGAGGGGGAGACAUCCCCGGCCCCAGCAGCUCCCCUCAAUCCUCUUGCUGUACCAUCCUCAUCAACAUCAUCAUUGGGUUCUGGAGCUCUUCUGCCUACGGAAGUUGGGGUACAGCCGGAACUCAGAGGGACCCCUCAAGCAGCCCAGCAGACUGAGCCCCUGGCCAGCCCUGGGAGUCAGGCCCAGUCUGCUCUGACCUUGGCCUGGGAGGAAGACACGGCACAGAUCGGCCCCAAGAGAAUUAGGAAAGCUGCCAAAAGAGAACUGCUACCUUGUGACUUCCCUGGCUGUGGAAGGAUCUUCUCCAAUCGGCAGUAUUUGAAUCACCACAAGAAGUAUCAGCACAUCCACCAAAAGUCCUUUUCCUGCCCAGAGCCAGCCUGUGGGAAGUCCUUCAACUUUAAGAAACACCUGAAGGAGCAUGUUAAACUGCACAGUGACACCCGGGACUACAUCUGUGAGUUCUGUGCCCGGUCUUUCCGCACCAGCAGCAACCUUGUCAUCCACCGGCGCAUCCACACUGGAGAGAAACCCCUGCAGUGUGAGAUCUGCGGGUUCACCUGCCGCCAGAAGGCCUCCCUGAACUGGCACCGGCGCAAGCACGCAGAGACAGCCGCUACUCUGCGCUUCCCCUGUGAGUUUUGCGGCAAGCGCUUUGAGAAGCCAGACAGUGUUGCAGCUCACUGCAGCAAAAGCCAUCCAGCCCUGCUCCCAGCCCCGCAAGAGUCACCCGGCCCAUUGGAGCCCUGUCCCAGCAUCUCUGCCUCUGUGACCCCGAGGUCUGGUGAUGAGUCCAGGCCCUCUGUGGUUCCUCAGGCUCUGACUGUGCUCCCUCAGCAGUGAGCAUUCCUGAGCUCUGAGGAGCCAGACCCUGGAGACUGAAGAGGAGUGAGGAAGAGAAGUGCCAGGUGCCUGGUCCCCAGAAAUCAGGGUCACAGGGAGUGCAGGGUGGGGGCAAAACCAAGCCAGGCUACUUUAGUCUUCCUAAAGGACAGAAUAAACCCAGUAUUUUACAUGGACAUGUGUGGGCAGAGUGAGUAUUUUGACACCUG